AGUUUUGAAGAAGCUAUUUUUUCUGACAACCUCAUAUCUCUUCGAACAAAAUAGUCCUUGUCUAUCACUCAAAGAUUGUAGAUUAUAAUGCCCAAAUGUUUUUCAUCAUACAAAAUUUACGGAAGGCUCUUUAAUAAGGUUCAACUAUGCAACACAGAGCUUAAAUUUUUUCAACAACCUAAUUUAUUGGAUAGCGUUUAUUUUUAUCAGACUUCUUACCAGCAGUCAAAUAUUCAUAAAACUAUGAGUACCUUCAGAAUCAGUGACUAUGACUGCAUUGGAUUUGAUUUAGACAGUACUAUUCUUCGUUACAACAUUUCAAAUCUUGUUCAACUUGAAUAUGAUGUGAUCACGAAGUUUCUAGUCGAUAAAAAAGGCUACAAUGCAAAACACUUGACAGAACCUUUAUCUCAAAAAGAUUUUGAUUUUCUGCAAAAAGGAUUGUUUCUUGAUUUUGAAAAAGGCAAUGUUGUAAAACUCAGUCCUAAUGGUAACGUGUACCUUGCUAGUCAUGGAACAAAUAUUUUAAGUAAUAAUGAUAUUGAAAAAUACUAUCCUAAUCGAGAAUGGAAAAUAGGUAAGAUGUUCACUGAAAAUCCAUUAUUAACAUGGAAUGGUCCACUGUCAUUGAAAAUAAGGACCGUGAUGGACUACUUUGACAUGAUAUCAUCUCUUGUGUUCGCUAGGGUCGUCAAUUCAUUAGACACAGUAAAUGGCAAGACCCUCCAAACGUACAAUAUUUGGCCAGAUAUUCUAGAAGCCUUAUCUGACAUGUACUCUAGAGAACAGCUCACGAGAAAUGCUGGAUGGUUUUACUCUGAACUGAAAAAAAAUCCAGCUAAAUAUAUUCACAAAUGUCAUACAGAGAUACUUGCUUGGAUUCAAAAGAUCAAACAAAAAAAAACAACGUAUCUCAUUACGGGUUCUAACUCUGACUUUGCAGAGUUUACCACUGGUUAUGCUUUUGGUAAAUGCUGGAAAUCUCUUUUUGACAUAAUUGUGUGCUAUGCCAAAAAACCAGCAUUUUUCAUGGAAAAAAGACCAUUUUACUCUGUAAAAAAUUAUUAUGAAGAUCGAAUUGUAACUAGCAAGGAACUUGAGAGAGGAAAAAUUUACAACCAAGGAAACUGGAAAGAGUUAUACGAAUUCUUCACACGUAUUACUGAUCUGAGCAAUCCCAAGUGUCUUUACAUUGGUGAUAAUUUAUUACAAGAUAUAUUUGCUCCAACAAAUCAUGCAAAUUGCGACACAAUAGUUAUUUCUGAAGAACAAUUGGCUGAAAAAAUGCUUCACCACAGUCAUACUCACAGUGAUGAGCAUGUACUAAACUCAAAAAUAUGGGGUUCUUUCUUUACUUUAAAAGAUUCAACAGGUUAUACAGAUUCUUUCUGGAGUCAUAUAAUAAAAAAAAAUUCAAAAUUAUGUAUUCCACAACUUGACGUGAUAACAAAUGUGCCAUUAGACAAGCCCUUAAGCUGUUUUGUUAAAGAAGAUAAUGAUAAGGAGCUAAAAGGAUACCACCCUGCAAAACCUAUCACACUGUCUUAUCUUUAACGUAUUUAAGAGAAGCAAGUGACGAUACUAGAAGUUAACAAAUUAAUUUUAUUCAUUGAUUCACAUUGUAUCUUCUAUUAAGGAACAGUUGGGAAAAUUAGCUCCACCAAUACAACAUAUCAAGAAACGUACAUUUAAG